AUGGCCGCGAAGUCGGACGGGCGGCGGAAGAUGAAGAAGGGCGGCGAGGUGGCGUUCACGCCGCUGCAGAACUCCGAGCACUCGGGCUCCGUGCAGGCGCUGGCCCCGGGACUGCCCGCCGGCGCCGGGCCGGGUGGUGGCAGCGACGACGACGAGGCGCCCGGGGGCGGGUGCUGCAGCGGCGGCGGCGGGGACGGCUCGGGCGGCGGCUCCCGUUGCUGCUGCUGCUGCUGCUGCGGCGGCGGUAGAGGAGGAGACGGCGGCGGGGGCGGCGGCGGGGGCUCCCGGGGCUCGGGCGGGGGUUCGUCCUCCUUGUGCCUGCGACUGGGCAGGGAGCAGCGGCGUUACUCGCUGUGGGACUGCCUCUGGAUCCUGGCCGCCCUGGCCGUGUACUUCGCGGACGUGGGCACCGACAUCUGGCUGGCGGUCGACUACUACCUGCGGGGCCAGCGCUGGUGGUUCGGGCUCACGCUCUUCUUCGUGCUGCUGGGCUCGCUCUCCGUACAGGUCUUCAGCUUCCGCUGGUUCGCGCACGACUUCAGCACCGAGGACAGCGCGGCCGCCGCCGCCGGGCACUGCCCCGCCGCCGAGAGUAAGCUGCUGGUGAGCAGCGGUUCGGCGGCCGCGGACAUCGACGCCGCUCGCCCCUGCACGCCGCAGCGGCAGGCAUCCACCGCCAGCAAGAGCAACGCCACAAACAGCAGCAGCAACGACAGCAGCAACGCUGCCGGUAGCGGCCCCGCCGGUGCCCGUGCCGGCAGGUCGGCGUCCUGCGCCUUCUGCAUCUGGCUCCUGCAGUCGCUGGUCCACGUCCUGCAGCUCGGGCAGGUCUGGAGGUACUUCCACACCAUCUACUUGGGCAUCCGGAGUCGCCAGAGCGGAGAGCACGAGAGGUGGAGGUUUUAUUGGAAGAUGGUGUAUGAGUAUGCAGAUGUGAGCAUGCUGCAUUUGCUAGCCACCUUUCUGGAAAGUGCACCCCAGCUGGUCCUGCAGCUCUGCAUUGUCGUACAGACUCGCACCCUUCAGGCUCUCCAAGGUAGACCUUCGUUUAAUCAGUCUGGGGGUUACCAUUUUAUGGAGAUGUGGUUUCUACAUGUUCAGUUUCAGCCUUCUUUCAGACUGCUGUGUGCCUCGUGCUGCUGGCAGAAGAGCUGAUCUUGCCUGCUAGCUGCUAUUAAGCUGUUAACAAUGACUCUCUCCAGAACGGCUGUGUUGCUGCUUUUUUAGCUUUUCUUAUUGGCCUUGGCUUCUGGGUAGGAUUUAUAAUGUUUUGCUUUCUGCACAUCCUUGUAAUAAAAGAGCUCUUCUGAUUAUCCACUGG